AUGAAUAACAAAAACAAGGAUAUUUUGUCUAACAAUCCCAGCGAUACUCUCACCAGUAAUAUCACAAAGCAUAAUAAGUCAAAUUCUCAUCCAUCAUCUUAUUUACCCUGCCAUAAUAAUGCCAAUAACAGUAGUAGUAAGACCUGUCGAAAUAUUAGAGUGAACGAAUUGAAGAACAAACCUCCAAGUUCACUCGGAACUGCUUACUGUCCACAACACGGAAUAUUACCAAUAGUAAAAACAGCUUAUGUUUACCAGGAUAAUGAUUUGGACAAUCGGAGCAGUGGUAUACGCCUAGCCAUUCAACCAAAUCACUAUCGAAGUUUGGAAGCACUUCUAGAAGAAUUAACUACAACAGUGCCAACGGUUACCUGUAAUGAACAAAAAAUAUAUGCACCACAAGUCAUGAGUAAAUUCAAGUCAAUGAAUGAUAUACAAUGUAACAGUUACUAUGCGUACGCUGACUAUCCAACGAAAUCAAGAGGUAUAUCACUGGAUCGUAAAACAGCUAAUAAAGCCAACCGGACCAUUGACUGUAAGCCUUCAUCACUUUCUACAUCAACGUCUUAUAGUAGACUAGUUCUACCCAGUUAUUCACUAAAUCCUUCGAAGCUAGAUUUAAAUAAUCUUUUGACUAGGUAUACCACCACUGACACUACUAACAGUAGCCAUAAAUUCAACAAAACAACAAAUUGUGUUUAUCUGCCAACACUUGAUACUCUUAUUGUUGACUCCGAUGAAACCACCACAUGGAGACAAUUAAAACAAGUGAAACGUAUUUAUGUUCGCUUGAAUGGACAACCGCGUAUAUACAAACCUGUGUUAGUUAAACGAAGAUAUAUUAAAAAACUUGACCAAGUGUUACAAGAAUUAAGUGAAUUGUUCCGAAUUCCUAUACAUAAAAUUUAUACAUUAGAUGGUGUAUUAGUAGAGACAUUACACGAACUACUUGACGGUCCAAGUGAAUUUGUUGCUGCUGGCCUAGAGCGUUUUCGUCCAAUUCAAGAAAUAAAACAACCGGCUAGAUACCUGAGUCGUAGUGUAAGUCGUACGAAAAAUCAAACUAGAUCACCAAGUAGCUCAGCUCUACCCCCAAUAAAGCAGACUUAUGAACAGUCAGAUAAAGUAUGCGAUUCAAAUGGUGGAUACACUGUCUGUCAGGUGUUCAUUAAAUCUGGUCAACAUGAUCCACAAACAGGCGAACAGUAUUCAUCUAUUUGUACAGCGAACCCAACAAUUACAAUUUGUAAUAAAUAUCAAUCUACUCAACCUAUAUUACUUAGAUCCGCUUAUAUUUGUACAAUAAAUCAAAACAAUAAUGGAAAUACACAACUUGAUCAAGGUAACGAGUCAAGUGGAUCUGAUGUCAUAAGCAGUACACUGACUGGACCAUUUUGUCCAGGAAGUGUUGAUUAUUUUGAAAUACCCUUAAAUGAUUUUGGUGAAAUCAGUAAAAUACGCCUGAGUCAUGAUGGUUACGGUAAUUACCCUGAAUGGUUACCUGAAGAGAUAUGCCUAAGAUUAUCACCGGGUAAUGCUAAUCAGUCAGUUGACUCACUAAAGAUGUGCUCUCAGAAUAAUCCCCCUUCAAAUAAAUUUCAAAAUUCAGAAGAAGAAACUAGUUUUUCAUCUCCAACCGCAACAUCAUGUGAAAUGACAUUUCCAUGUAUGAGAUGGUUGUCAAGAUAUAAAGCAGACGGUAGUCUAGUGCGUGAAAUCGCUGCGCCUGGAACACAAUUACGUGAUCAAGGACGCUUAUUUGGAAGAAUCAUGAAAGCAUAUCCCUUAGACAUUGCAACAUUAUUUCAACAAGAAGAAAGAUCUCCUGUAAUGCAAUAUCAACUGAUUACAAAGACUGGCAACCUUUGGAACGCAGGCGUCAAUGGAGUUAAUGUCAACAUUCUGCUCCAAGGUGAUCGUGGCGAUACAGGACAACGGACCCUGUGGAAUGAAGAAGUAGAUAGAAAGAAGGCAUUCUUAAGAGGAAAAACAAGCAUAUUUAAUAUAGAAGCUGUAUUCCUUGGAAGACUGAAGGCACUCACCAUAUGGUUAGAACCAAUUGAUACCGGAAAUGAUAGUAACAGUGUGACUACUGAUAGCAGCUGGUAUCUGGAAUAUGUAGUUAUUCACCAACUCUCACCAACUUUCGAUCCAAUCAGGAGUCAAACAAGUGUUCCAAAUAACUCCUUUCUUCCUUCCUCUCCGCCUACACCUCCACCACCGCCAUCGUCGUCUCCAUCAGCUACAACUAAUGAGAGUUUCUUAGUGAAAACCACACUCUCGAACUGUAAGGAUAUUUGUGGAACCUAUCUUUUCCCCUGUUUCCAAUGGUUAACAACAGGUGUCGGAAUGAAUUCCCUACCGAUUAAAUUGAUUCCCGCCAGUGGAAGUGGAGCUCUUACACCAGAUUUGAUCGAAUCAAUUAUGUCCCAUGAAAAGGAACAAAUUUAUUGGCAAGUGCAAAAAUGGAAGUUCAAACCAGAUACGAAAAUUGUUUUCUACAGCUACCUAACUGGAGCGCCAUUGCAAAUAGUCGACUCGAACAGAAUUAACAGUCAACUUAUUCAUGGAGUAGCAGGAGAGAAGGGCACACAAGCAAUUUUCAAUGUAUGUCACGCAUCAUUUGGUGGAUCGCCACAUCCCAAGGUAUCUAAACAACAUUCAUAUUCCCAGUCCCGUUCGAAAAAUUCUUCAGAUGAACAGGGAUGUUGUACAUUCAAUCGUGAUGUGGAUUAUUUGAGUUUUCCGCCUGUUACUGUGACUUGUAAUGGUGGCAACAGCAAACACAAAAGCAGUACUAGUAGUGACACUAGAAAUAUCAAGUAUAUUCGUUCCUUUACAAGUGUGAAAAAUCCAUGGUUAACAAUGUGUUUAGAUGAAACCGUGGGUUUACAUAUGACAAUUAACUCGAGCAAUUCGCAGUUCUCCAGGAACUUGGUGUCGCAAUGUUUCGACUUCAGAAUUCGACCACUGUCAGAUCGUCUUGUCGCACUUGAGUCAGUUAAAUGCAGUUCACUUCGAUCUAGAAGAACUCAUGUUUACGUUGGACCUGAUGGCCGUAUUGUCAGCGGUGCAACAGGUCCUUUAACAAUACCUGGGAAAUUGUUUAUGCCUUAUGUAAAGGGAUGUUUAAGGGAUCAGACAAUACUAUGGAUGUGUACUGGAGUUCAACAAACAUUAAUACCUAAGCUGGUUAGAGAGACCAAUCAGAAAGAUGAAGAAGACAAAAUCAGUAAUUGUAAAUUUGAAUUACGUGCAACAGGAGAGAGAAUUUCUGAAGCCUACUGGAGGGUACAUAGAGUGGACAAAAGUGUUAGACGAUUUGAGUCUAUUGCUUGGCCAGGACACUUUCUACGCGUUGCAUCAGGUGUUGUAGAUGCUAUGGGUGGUGGUGGCAUGGACUGUUACUUCAAAAUAAAUCGUGUUCGUUGUAAAGGCUUUAUUCAGUUGUCACCACUUGUGGAUAACAAUAAAAUUAUUGGAAUGAAUGAAGAUGGAACUGUAACCUUAUACGAAAAGCAUACAAUGGAAGAAAACUGUCGAUUUUAUCCUGAAGUAAUUAAAUAUGGUUCUCCUAGUUGUCAACAUCAAUUAUCUAGUGCAGCUGAAGCAAAUAAAAAUAUUGAUUUAAGUCCGCAUGUCAACUCUGCAAAUAAUGGAAAUUUCAAUGCUGAAAAGGUGGAACAAAUUCAAGACGACUCAAGGGAGGGGUUAGUAGAAUUGGCUCAGUCUCAGUGUGAAACAGCUGCGAAGGAUAACGAUUCAGUUCGAAGCACAGUGGGAGAUGAUGCAGAGCCAAAUGAUAUUGAAAUGAGUCAGUCACAGACUUCAGAUAACCAGAAUGAACAGAAGGACAUGAGAGACUCUAGCUGGAAAUUAUCUAUAUUCACGGAGAAAUCGGCUGAGAACUGUAGAAUUGUUUUGGUUGUUUACGGGACAGGUGGAAGCUCUGGUUCUAUACUAAUUGGUAGAUCAGAUGAUAACAAAGGAUUAUUUCAAACAAAUAGGAUUGACAAUUUCAUGAUUAUUCUGGAAAACAUUGGCUCAAUUUACAAAAUACGUUUAGAAGUGAAUCCAAUUAAUCCAGAUAUCGAUACAAAAUGGGAGGUAGAUAAGGUCAUCAUAGAGAAUGUUAAGACAUCUCAGCAGUUGUCAUUUGACUUUUCUGGCCGACCAUUCGGAAAGAGUGCUAACUUCAGUUGUCUAUCUCGAGAACAAGUUACAGGUUUCAGUAAUACCACCAACAACAUCUCAUUAACAGAGAAGCAACAAUCCGCAAGUGAAAUAAAACUGUGUCUUACAAACUAUCGUGUACAACUAGAAUUAUAUCAUGACGAGUCUAAUGAAUGCGAUCCGUCGAAUAUUUCUCUGGAGCCAUAUCUCUGCUUAAUUGGACUAUACGGAGAUUCUGGACGUCGACUGUUGGGUGAAGUUACUUGUGAAGAGUUGGUGAAUGCAGAGAGGAAAAAUGUGUGGAUAUUUGAUACACUGAUUGAAGCUGCUUAUCUUGGAGAAAUGACCAGCUGUUUCCUAGGUCCAGUCGAUGUGGAAAACCAACCAGAGUCGAAAUGUUCUGGGUUGAUGUGCACUAAAAUAUUAGUGUGGGACACGAGAAAACAAUUAAUUUAUGAGUUUCCUUCAGAAAAUUGGAUUCUUCCCAAGACAAAUACACAGGCGCAUGAAGUUCACCUGACAGUCGGUCACGUCACUAUGACUGAAACCAAGGUGUCAAAUUCACCACAACAAAGUGAAGACUGUAUUGGGAAAGAAAAUACAACUGUGCUAAACGAAGUGAAUGCUGACGUGAAUGAAUUCAGCAGUGAAAAAUUACUUGGGGAUCUAAGCUAUGCCACAGAAGAUGAGUUGAAGAUCAUACGUGAUGCACGACUAUUCGUAUCUACUAUAAUUCGAAAAUCAGAAGCUAAUCUACUAGUUUUUGAAAGUCAGGGUUCAGCAACCAUGAUGACAAAUUAACUUCGAUUAUCGGUGUAUCUGUGCUAUCGUUUUCAUAUUUGAAGAAGUAACAAUCAAAACGAAGUCAUUUCUUUUGCUUCAUCAUUCGUACACUGUGAUCACUAACAGUAAUACAAGUAAUAAUAUCAAUAAUAAAAGUGAUAAUAAUAAUAAUAACGAUAACAAUAAUUUAUCAGAACCAAUAAAUCGAUGCAAUAAACAUGAAUGUGUAAUUUCCAGUUCUCUAGAAAUGUAAAAUGUCUUAUUUAUUGCAUACUCAACCUACACAUUUUCAUUUGAAUUGCACACAGCUUCUAACGCUUCACAAGACACACAAUAAGAAGUAGUCAGUCGUAGACACUUUUCAAGAGAACAUGCAUUAAGAUCAGUCAGUGAAGAUAAUAACUGAACGUCCAAUAAAUAAGAUAUGCAUCAAUGACUUGUUUGUAAAACAAGCAUCCAGCUCAUCAAGAUUGACACACGGUGUAACCAGUGUGUCAAACAUC